CCCGUCGAUCUACUGCGCAUGCGUAGUGCUGUCAAGCGGCUACGCGCUUCCUAAACAAACUCAAACUCUUCAGGUAAACGGCUUCAUAUAUCGGACUUAGAGGAGGAUAUACUGCAGAAACGUUGCUCUGUUUGAGAAUAACGAGAGAGAGGUGAAGGGCUGGUGUACAUGCGGCCACCCCCAUGGCCUCGUCCUCCGAGGUGAACGUCCAUGUGGAGGAGGUGGUGGUGGUGACCACUCCGGAUGGCUCAGACCCGAGCACUUCUGGAGAAGAGGUGAAGAACAUGCUGGAGACCGCAGCCCUGGAACAGGCAGAGGUGGACAUUAUAGAGCAGAGCUUGGAGUCUGAAUCCAGCCCCACCACCAUCUCCCUGUCUAAGGAGACAGUUCUUGUGAAGAUUUCCGAAGACGUGGAUGUGGAAGCUGACAUUCUUUACCAAAUAACCUGCGGUGACAGCAAAGCUGACCUAGUGUGGAAGAAAUUCGUCUGCCCUGGCAUCAAUGUCAAAUGUGUACAGUUCAAUGAUCACCUGAUCAGUCCAAAAGAGUUUGUCUACCUGGCUGGAAAAUCCACUCUGAAAGACUGGAAGAGGGCAAUUCGUCUCAACGGGACGAUGUUAAGGAAGAUCAUGGACUCCGGAGAGCUUGACUUCUACCAGCACUCCAAGCUGUGCUCCAACACAUGUCGCAGCACAAAGAUUGACUUGGUGGGGACGCGAGCGUCUCUCAGCAGCCAGCAGUCCACCGAGACUGUGCCAGCAACGCCGUCUUCGGCUGACGUCAAUGGAUCUCCAGCUACGUUCUCUACAGAGGAUGACAGUACAGAAUGGGUUACGGCCAUAGGCGAGGACACCAUGACGUUCUGGAGAGGUCUGAAGGACAUGGGGUUGCUGGAUGACAUCAUGGAGGAUCUGCAGAAGGAGAUUGAGGAAAUCCUCAAAGGCAUGCACGAACGUAUCCAGGAAUCCCCACUGCAGGUCAAAGAUGCUGCUUUGCUCAACAACAUUGUGCAGAACUUUGGGAUGCUGGAUCUGGUGAAGAAGGUUCUGGCCAGCCACAAGAGUGAAAUGGAUCGCUGCAGGGAGCAGUACACCCGGAGCUUAGUAGCUCUGGAGCAGCAGUGCGACGAGCACCGCAAACGUGCGAAGGAACUGAAGAGCAAAUCUCAGCACCUCAACAACGUCCUCAUGACCCUGACCCCCGUGACCACACCGCCGUCUUCCAAACGACCCCGCCUGACCCGGGCUGUCUCUGGUCCCGCCUCUGUCACAGCCGCUCCGCCCACCCAGUUUACUCUGCCCGUCACUCAGCUCACAGGAUUCCCUCUGGAUAAAAUCCUGUCAGCCGUUGGGACGCCUGUUCCAGCACAGACGCCCCUGUUCGGUGGCUACACGGUGCUGACGUCCCCAGGCGGGACAGAGCUGCAGCCUGACUCCAACCUGACUGUCCUGAGCUCCGCUGCAGUCCAGGAGGGGCCAGGCGGACCUGCCAUUGUUAAAGUGGUCAGCCCCUUUCAGCUGGUCACGCUGCCUACGCUGCAGAACCUGGCUGCACCAGCAGGGGGAGCUGCAGGCAGCACUGUAGUGGCGCUGCCUGUGAGUGCAGCUGCAGUAGAGACUGUAGGGGCUCAAGCAGAAGAGACAGCAGAGAACCCAGAAGAGCAGCCCACAGAUAAGCAGUGAGUGUCAGUUAAAAUAGAGGUAAUAUUAUUAAUUAAUUAGAAUCCAUAACGAGAAAAUGUUCUUUUAGUGUUUAGUUUAGAAAUCUCACACGGCUGGGACUGAUAAAACGAUUCUAAGGAAGCGUUUCUAACACACUUGAACUCGUCAGUCUGUUCAGUCCAGGAUCGUUUCUGGAAUGUUUUUUGUUCCCAAAUCCUCGGUCAUCAGAGAACUAUUUAAAAUGCUUUUUUUUAAAGCUGCACUUUAGAUUGUAUUUCAUGAAGAAUGGAUCAAAAGCAAACCUUUUCAUUGAUAGUAUGUAUAUUGUUGUUGGAAGAAAAAUGCCUCUAUUUUUGUCCUACCAUUUUUCAAGUUUUGACAUAAUGUGAAAAUGCCUGUUGCCCUUUAUAUUGUAUGUACAUUUCAUGAUGAAUGGACCAAAAGAAACGACCCAAAAAUGACUGGGAAAACUCUGGUUGCAUUGACUUCCACUAAAAGUAAAGUCGUUUUUUCUUUCUCCUGUAAAGUUACAAAUUUUGGAGAUACAAGGUUUUCUUCUGACAACAGCGAGACACACAGUCUAUAUGCAGUCUGUACGCAGUCUAUAUACAGUCUAUAUAUACAGUGGGGUUCAAAAGUCCACAUUAAAAAUUUUGGAUUUUUUUUUUCCAUUUAAACUUGGAAAUAAACAGAAUAUUUUAGAAGUGAUGAGUAAACUGAAGAAGAAAUAUUGAAGAUAUUUGACAUAUGUGACCAUUUCUAGGUCACUAUUCAAAUUUAAGCAAUUUGUGACUUUAACCCUUCGUACAAAAAAUGUCUUCUUUUUUUUCCACUCUGUUCUGUUGAAGCUCUAGUUCAGGCGCUCUUGACUCAUUUAGUCUGUCUGUACAUACAUAAUCUAUACAUAUCAAAUACUAAGAAAUUCUGAGCUCCCGUUUCGGCUCAUUUUGGGGACGUGAUGCUCUGUGAAUCUCGUCUGAGGCGUUUCUCUUCAUCACAGGUGUGAAAGUGAAAAAGAUCCGACCCUCCAGGAAUUUAGGAUUUUGCGAUCUUGGGAUCACGAGAAAUCACGCACACUCAAUCAGACUGACUGCACCUGCCAGAGCUCGUCCGAUCACUGUACGGUUUCCGUAAUAAACGUGUGAUUUGCUUUCAGAAUGAAGUGCAGCUGCUGUGCUGUGGGCCUGGAAGCCGGACGCUGCAUACGCGUCAGAUAUCAAAGCUAAGGUGGCCACAACCAGUCGUGCUUCUGUACGUCUGUGUGACGCCCUUCUGUGCCUUCCGUGUGCUGUAGCUGCGUUCGUAUUCGUUCAGAGCCUCAGAUUCCCCGAGUAUUCCUGCGGUUAUGUAGAGAACGCCCAUGUGGAUUUAUGGUUGUAGUGAAUUUACAUGACAUCAUUUUGAUAAACUGUUUGAACUGUUUUAUGGACUAAAAUGUUUUUUUAGUCUUGAAUCUGUUCUCGGUUUUCAGAGGUUCGCUCAUUUUGGCAAAUGAAUUAGGCUACGUUUAAAAAUAUUGCUGCCAGUUUUCUAAAAAGGCUGCUGCAAAAUCAAGCAUUUCGGUCUGGCUGUGAAAAAAUAGUGGGACUGAAAGACGUUACCCAUCGCAUUUCCCUCUAAUUCAUUCCCUGAGUACUAAUCUUAAUCUCUUACAUCAGUGUGUAGGUGUGUGUGCUGUGGAUUUGAGGAGAAUCACUGGCUGACUGUAAGGCAGGCCUGCUACUGGUGUUUCAUGAGCAGGAGAGCGAUGUCUUAUGGGAGGAUGGUCAGUGUUUCAGCUUGAUUUUGGGCUGGUCUUGGUUUUUUACAUCAAGACUUUCGCCAUCCAACUUCUCAAGUGUGGAAGUGUGAUCACUAAAACUGAUUGUGGUAUUUUCAGUGCUCUUGUUUUUAUUACUGAAGAAGCUUUCUGGUGAUGUCGUGACUCUAAAAUCCUUAAAAAUCAGUUCCCAUGUCCAAAACUUUGCCUGCACUGCUGAGGCUUGGUGACGACUUAUUCUGAGCAGAUGUGUUGGUGUCCAAGCAAAACACUCAGGACUCACUAUUUAGUAAGUGAUUAAAUGUCUAGCACCAUGAAAUGGCAAAAUAAUUAUAAACUAAGCCGCUUAUAUAACUCCUACAUUCAGCCUGGCUGCUGAGAGUGGGUUACAUCUUAAUCUGUGCAUUUUUAGACCAAACUAAAAGUGCUGUUUUACAACACGGGUCCUACUGAAACGUUAAACUUUAUUGUGCUGUAAUAAAUAAAUGUGUUAAAUGA